AUGAAAUCCCGAUUUUCGAUGCGUCUCGCCUUGAGACUGCAGCCAAUUUCCCGAAGCAAGGCUCUGUCAUUUCGGCAGCCAUGCCGACACCCGCAGCAGCAUAGGAGGGCCUUCCAAACCUCCCCCCCACGGCUUGCUCCUCAGGGCAAAGGACACUCGUAUCACAGCAUAAAUCCGGCUUUGGCUCCGGCUCCGGCUUCUAGAGCGAGGACCCUUGCAGCGGCCACGGGACUGGCAUCGUUGUUGGCUUUACUCUAUCUCUCCUCGACCCCUGCUGCCAGCCUCGAUGCAUCCGCCGUGUACAAGUAUGCCUCGGACCCGAGCCCGGAGCUCGAGACACCAUCGAUUGCCGAUGCGCGCGACCCCAGUCUGCCCCGCUUCAGAAUCUCGGAGGUCCGCAAACAUGGCGCCGGUGCAGAGAACCCCUGGGUCAUCCACGAGGACAAAGUCUAUGAUAUCACCGAUUGGAUCCCGGCCCAUCCAGGGGGGCAGGUUAUCCUCCGUGCCGCCGGUGGCUCUAUCGACCCUUACUGGGACAUCUUCUCUAUCCACAAGAGCCAGUAUGUCUAUGAUAUUCUUUCCCAGUAUCUCAUCGGCUACGUUGAUCAGGCCGAUCUCGUCAACGGCAAGCCUGCCCAGGAACAGAUCGAGGACCCAUUUGCCGACGACCCGGUGAGACACCCGGCACUCAUCACGAAGACGGCGAAACCUCGCAACGCAGAGACGCCCGAGGAUGCCCUUGGUGCUCAAUUCCUUACUCCUAAUGAUCUUUUCUACGUCCGCAAUCACAUGUGGGUGCCAAAGAUUGACGAAGCCUCGGCGGACGCCCAUGUGCUCAGUAUCGAGCUCCUCGAUGGUACCGUCCGACAAUACACGUUGAAGGAACUCAAGACCAAGUUCGCAAGCCACAAGAUCACAGCCGUCUUGCAGUGCUCGGGCAAUCGGAGGAAGCACAUGACCGAGGGUUCGGGUCGGUCUACGAACGGACUGCAGUGGGCGGCCGGUGCCAUCUCCAAUGCGUCCUGGGAGGGUGUUCUCCUCUCAGACGUCCUCGCCGAUGCUGGCUUCGACAUCAAGGAAGGCCUCAGUGGUGCCAGUGAAACGAAACACGUCCACUUCUCCGGGCUUGAAGCUUACGCCUCGUCCAUCCCCAUUAGAAAGGCUGUUGAUCCCCAAGGUGAUGUCAUUCUCGCCUACUCCAUGAAUGACGAGCCUCUGCCGCGAGACCACGGUUACCCACUACGAGCUCUCGUCCCCGGCCAUGUCGCCGCCCGCUCAGUCAAGUGGCUGAAUCAAAUCACGUUAAGCGACGAGGAGAGCACCAGUCAGUGGCAGCGCAAAGAUUACAAGUGCUUCGGCCCCAACGAGACAAAGGUCGACUGGGAUGCCGCCCCGGCCAUCCAGGAAAUGCCAGUCCAGAGCGCCAUCACCGGUGUCAAACUCCGAGGAUGGAGGGACACUCCUGAAAGUAGCGCCUCCGCAGGCAUCAAGGAUGGCAAGCCGACCAAAGGAGCCGCCCCAGUCCAGGGCAUUUCUCUCAACGGCUACGCUUUCUCGGGUGGCGGCCGGUCCAUCAUCCGUGUCGACAUCUCCUUUGACGGUGGCUCCUCCUGGACCCAGGCACAACUGCUACCCGACGGCGUCGGAAAGGACGGAUCCCCGUCGCCGGGCCAAGGCCAUGGUGCGUGGAGCUGGAAACGCUGGCGGUUCGACGGAGAUAUUCCCAUGACCGCCUUUCAAGACCAAGAAGGCAGUUGCAGUCCUCGGCGAUGCACAACAGUCAUCGCCAAGGCCACCGACGAUGUCUAUAACACUCAACCCGAGAGUCAUGCCGCUACGUGGAAUCUACGAGGGAACCUGGCUACGGCAUGGCAUCGUGUCCAGGUCUGUGCCGACUGCUCCCCCGGUUCCCGCGCAGUCACAUUGGCCGAUGACAAGAAGCCUUAA